AUGGAAAUUAGAGAUAAAGAGCAGGCACUCUCUGUGACCUGGGUCAACCUUGGCCUUAUAUACCCGGGAUUAGCGUGGGGACGCCACCGCCGGUCGGCUUGGGUAAGCCCUCGAGAAGCCACGUGGCAGCAAGCGGCCCGCAAGCAGCCGCGUGGCUAUAACGUGCUCAUGUACACACACAAGAUAGUCACUGGAGAAGCGGCAGAGCGAGGGCGUCCCGGAGCCCCGGCUCCGUUCGGCGGCCGGCCCCGCUGUCCCUGGCAGCCGCUGGCGCCGGUGCCGGAGCGGGCGAGCGGGCGAGCAGGCAGGGCCUCCGCGCCCUUCCCCCUUCCCCUUGGCGGCAAAUCUGCCUGCCCCCGUGGCCGGGAGAAGCGGCAGAGCGAGGGCGUCCCGGAGCCCCGGCUCCGUUCGGCGGCCGGCCCCGCUGUCCCUGGCAGCCGCUGGCGCCCGGUGCCGGAGCGGGCGAGCGGGCGAGCAGGCAGGGCCUCCGCGCCCUUCCCCCCUUCCCCUUGGCGGCAAAUCUGCCUGCCCGGUGGCCGGGAGAAGCGGCAGAGCGAGGGCGUCCCGGAGCCCCGGCUCCGUUCGGCCGCCGGCCCCGCUGUCCCUGGCAGCCGCUGGCGCCCGGUGCCGGAGCGGGCGAGCGGGCGAGCAGGCAGGGCCUCCGCGCCCUUCCCCCCUUCCCCUUGGCGGCAAAUCUGCCUGCCCGGUGGCCGGGAGAAGCGGCAGAGCGAGGGCGUCCCGGAGCCCCGGCUCCGUUCGGCCGCCGGCCCCGCUGUCCCUGCCGGCCGCUGGCGCCCGGUGCCGGAGCGAGCGAGCAGGCAGGGCCUCCGCGCCCUUCCCCCCUUCCCCUUGGCGGCAAAUCUGCCUGCCCGGUGGCCGGGAGAAGCGGCAGAGCGAGGGCGUCCCGGAGCCCCGGCUCCGUUCGGCCGCCGGCCCCGCUGUCCCUGCCGGCCGCUGGCGCCCGGUGCCGGAGCGGGCGAGCAGGCAGGGCCUCCGCGCCCUUCCCCCCUUCCCCUUGGCGGCAAAUCUGCCUGCCCGGUGGCCGGGAGAAGCGGCAGAGCGAGGGCGUCCCGGAGCCCCGGCUCCGUUCGGCCGCCGGCCCCGCUGUCCCUGCCGGCCGCUGGCGCCCGGUGCCGCAACCCCCUUCAGGCCGAAGCCCCGGGCUCCGCACCCCCGCCUGACGCGAGGCUUGCAGCGCCCCCGCGGCCGUCGGGGGCUGCGAGGGGGCGUGCGCCCUGA